AUGGGUGACUUCAACUAUGGUGGAGUGAAGUGGCCACUAGAAGACAGCGGAUAUCUUACACCAAUAGAAAAUAACUUCAUACAAUGGUACAGAUACAGUAACCUCCAACAGUUAGUAGAUAAACACACUAGGUAUCGUGAAGGAAAUCGACCUUCAUAUUUGGAUCUUGUAUUAACAAAUGAGGACUCACUUAUAGCCAGUAUCGAUCACCAGGCCCCUAUCGGUAAAAGCGAUCAUACCUGCUUAUUGGCUACUAUAGAAUUGCAAACGCAGAACCAACAAACGCAACAUAAAACCAGACUAAAUGUUAACAAAGCCGAUUACGACAAAAUAAAUACUAAAUUGUUAUCAAUGUUACCCGAAAAUAUGGCAGACAAAGAGUGUGUGAAAUCAGAAUUUGAAACCCUUCAUGGGGCACUGAUGGAAGCUAAUAAAUUUGUACGUACCACGGUUGGAUAUCCGUCUAAAUAA